AUGUUAACUUUAAGCUUUUUCCUGCUGGUUUUCAUUGCAAGAUUUAAGGCAGAGCAAUGUCGCAACAGAUAUUUUAAAAUCGUCAGCAGUGGUGAGUCUUCGUUCUCAGUUAUAAAACACAGUUUUAAGUUGCAUGCAGUGUAGAAUAUACCAGUUAUAUUGUUUUGAAAAACUCUCUUUAUAGUCAUGAGACGUAUAAUUUUCUAGAAUCUCUCAACAUUUUGUUUACUUUAUUUUAAAGAAGGUCCAUCGUUACCUCUUGAAGAGAUCAUAUCAAGCCACAUCGUCGAACGCCCUGUCCAUGUGAAUUGCAAUUUUUUCUGCUUCAAUGACAAUAAUGUAUCAAAAUGUGUUGGAUUUAACUUCAGAGAGAAAACCAAAGGGAAAGCUAUAAACUGUCAACUGACUAACACCGCUAAAAAAAGGAACCAUACAGAAGAGGGAGAAUGGACGUUGUAUCAGGAUGUCGAUGCCGUACGUAUAAAAUUGAGAUUGUUUAAAAAAAAACACAAAAAAACAUUCUUGCUUUCAUAUAUAUUUCAAAUUCGGGAACCGUCAUUUUUUGGGCGGCGCUAAAGGGGCGGCGCUAAAGGGGGGAGUGGGGGAUAAUUGCAAACCUCUCUUAAUUGCAAAUGACUAAUAAUUGCAAAUCCCAGUGAGCAUUUGUUUUUGUAGUCGGAAAAACAUGAAUUUGACAGGAAAAAUUUUGAGAAAAGAAAUAUUAAUCAGUGAUUGAAAUGGUUCGCUAAUGGUUCUGGUUCGUAUUAAUUAGUGAUCGGAAUGGUUUGCUAAUGGUUCUGGUUCGUAUUAAUUAGUGAUUGAAAUGGUUUGCUAAUUGCUAUUGGUUCUGGUUCGUAUUAAUCAGUGAUUGAAAUGGUUUGCUAAUGGUUCUCGUUCGUAUUAAUUAGUUAUUGAAAUGGUUCGCUAAUGGUUCUGGUCCGUUAAGGUAAUGUUCGCUAAUGGUUCUGGUUCGUGUAGAGAGCACGUUUUAGUUAAUUAUUUAUUCAUUUUUUUUUAAAUUCGGGUGACGGGUUUCGGGCAACAGACCUCAGCCCCUUCAAUGAGAUAGGUCCCGUACGCCUAUGUUUCCGGAUGGACCGCCUUCCAAUAAUAAUACUAAUAGUUAUAUUAUUUAUUUGUUUCGUUUAUUUGAAAAUUCAGUUAAUUUUCUUAUCUUAUAGGCAAAAAAUGAAAAUGAGGAAAAGAAAACGUCUGAAGGUAUUCCUCACGAUAAGAUUAUACCACUGACUUUAAGGCCUGCUAUACUGAGGGUUUCCCACUAACUAGCGGGACCUCUGAGGCCAAAUUGCGUCCCACUGAUGUUAAAAUAUGCCUUGUAUGGGGUGUGGUCGUCUGAGUCGCCCUAUAGUAUAUAAGCCUGCACAUCGCGGCCAUGCAUGUUUUUUUUGUUUCAAGUUUUCCAUGUUGAGAUAAGAUAACGUUAAAACAAACUGAAAGUGUCAAACUGCGGACAAGUUUCACAAUCAAACACAUAUACGCAAUUUACUCCAAUAAUAUAUAUCAUAUUUUUCUGUUUUAUGGGAAAACGUCGAGCAAUUAAGUCACAAAUCUGGUGAAAGAGAAGAUGGUGUAUACACAGAACAGGUUGACAUAAAUUUUUACUGUUUAUAUUCUAUUAGUUCAACCCACCUCAAGAAAACCUAUUUCGACAACAGCGACACCCGUGACAAGUUGUUCAAGUUUAUUCAAAUCUGGUGAGAGAAAAGACGGUGUUUACACUAUCAACCCUGAUGACCUUGGAUCUUUCCACGUCAGAUGUGAUAUGCAAACAGAUGGUGGAGGGUGGACAGUGUUCCAAAGAAGACAAGACGCAAGUGUAGAUUUCUAUCGUGGAUGGCAAGAUUACAAAAAUAGUUUUGGUGAUCUUAACGGUAAUUUUUGGCUUGGUUUGGAUCGAAUACAUCGUUUGACAAAGUCAGGACAAAAUAUUCUAAGAGUGGACUUGAUGGAUUGGACAAACGAUACAGCAAAAAAAUAUAUGAGUGCAUGA